CAUGCAGACUGAAUGCAUCUGGCUUACACAACGAGCGAUUGUUUUCUGCGAAUCGCACGGUUGUUUUGAACUCGAGCUCUCUACACAAGUACACACAUGCUCUAGACCUUGAUACAUGUAGACUUUGACCUUGUUGACAUUCAUGAGGAUGAGCUUUAGGACUAUCUCCUAUUUAAUUCGUUCUCCUGCAGGCCUACUGUGUCCAACUUCGAGUUCGAAACCAAUCUCUCCCGUAGUCAAAGCACUGACGAGAAGGAUGAGUGAUCACCUUGAUAGAACAGCUCACAACUUUAGACAGACGGGAAUUAGUGAUGCAACCAUUGUGGCAGUGAAAGAUGGCUCAUCCACAGUCAAGCUCCUAACAGUGCAAGUCUCCAACCCCGAUUUCCGCUUCAAAGCUGGGCAAUGGGUGGAUUUUUUCAUCCCUGGCGUUGAGCUGUUCACUGGCUUCUCCAUGACCUCAGCACCAAGCAAACUCCAGCAAGAUGUAACCUUUGACCUUGCUGUGAAGAAAAGUGACUAUCCACCCACCAUGUGGGUUCACACGGAGUGCAAAGCCGGUGCCAAGGUAGGCGUGCGCGUGGGCGGUGACCAGAUCAUUUAUGACCCCUCACCCAGCGACCCUAGCUGGGACCUUCUACUCAUAGCUGGAGGCAUCGGCAUCAACCCAAUGUAUUCCAUUCUCCAACACGCCAGGGAUCUCUAUCUGCGUAGUCUGUCAGACCCUACUGCUUACAGACCAGGGAGGGUGGAGUUUCUCUACAGUGCAUCCACUUCAGAAGAGCUCAUAUUCAAGGAGUCAAUUCAGGAGAUCGCCAACGAUACAGAAAACAUAUCAUGCCACUUUCACGUCACCAGGGAAGCGGUCAUACCAACCAGCCACACAUCAGAUCACAGGAUAAACGGGGCAGAUCUAGCCACAUCACUGCAGAGGCUGGACAAAGACAGGCUUAGGUGUUUCCUCUGUGGCCCCCCACCCAUGAUAGCAGAUAUGGAAUCCCUCUUGGAGAGUCAGGGGGUGAGACCAGACCAGUUACAUACCGAAAAGUGGUGGUGAUGAGGUGCAGUGAGGUAAAUGCACGUACCUGUAAGGUUUCAACGUUACGUGUUUGUGCACAUGCAUGUACAUGUUUGCAAGAUUUUGAAUGUUUGGUCUCGAGCAUGUUACAUGUUACCACCUUGCUUUUACCUUGAACUUAAUUUGGUUUUUAUCCUAGCCAGAUGAAACCACUUGUGGAUACUAAUUAUGCUAUCAUGUGAUUUUUCUUAACGUAAUCUACAUGUAUGCGUUUAUGUACAUUGGACCUAUACAUAUACACUGUGUAUAUACAGACCCAAGUAAGGAGGGGCAUAAUUGCCCAAGUGGGUGUGUAUUGCACAAAUAUAUUGUCAGUACCCAGGUUUGUGCAAAGCUCACCUUUUGCCAGUGUGUGUGAUAUGAAAGGAAAUUAUGCUUGAAUUACAUUGUGCUUUCAUAUAUCACGGCAAAGAAGAAAGCGAAUUGGGUGUCAUGCGGCAUUCGCCGCAAAAUUUGGCAGCAGUGAAAUUCAUUCCGCUUUUUUGAAUUGACAAAAUGGAUUGCUUACUGCGAUGCCAUAGAUUUGGAGUUGAUGUUUGCAUUUGUGCUGAGUAUGAAUCGAUCAUGAGAGAACUUUUUUCCAAAUUGUCGGCUGUGUUCAGUUGUGCUCCCCAAAUCCACUUUAUUUACAAACACUCUGAAAAAGGAAGGAGCCUGGCUAUUUUGCUACAAUUACAGUUAUAGCCUCGUUAUUAUAAUUAUUUGGUUUUUUUUAGUUGACAACUGUCCAUCCAUAAUUUGGAAGCUGGAUUUACAUGUUUUCUACUCAUUGCUUAAAGGGCAAGGAUUGUAUAUUUUUUCCUGUAUCAUCUUCAUUCCAACACAUCUUAAGCCUUCAGAGAAUUUUAACAAGGAUUGCCGUUAUUUGAUUCAAGACAGUGACUCAUGAAUAGAGACAAUUACUGUUCAGGGACUGUGCUCUGGAUACAUGUAUGUGUACCUAAAGCCUGCAUGUAUGUGCAUUUAUACACUUCUUGCCCAUUAGUGCUGAUACAUGUAGCACCUGCUGUCUUAUUAUAAAGUAGUAUUACUGAGAUGGAUUUCUCGGAAUGUCUUCUUCCACCUGUGAAACUGAAAAUUGCGUCACUGUUGGCCCCCCCAGGCCUAGCAACUGGUAAACAGUAAACUCUCCUGUGUAUCCAAUAAACUUCUUUCAUUGGUGGCAUUAAUAUGAUACAUUUCACUAGCUCUGGAGCAGAAAGCACUGACGAACUUGUCCACGACUGUACUCGCCAAUAAACCAAUAGACGUGUGGUUGGGUGCCUUCAGUUUGUGAAAGAAAUGUGCAAUACACUGUACAAAUGCCCAAAUACAUGUACAUACAUACUCGAGAGUUUACUCUUUACUUUGGACGUUUAGAUUGACUGAGAAAGCUGCAGGAACAGUUUGGUUUGUAUUCUAGUACAUCCAUCAUCAGCUCAGGAACAUCACGGACAAGUUAUUACAUGUAUGUCAAGUCCACCACAGAACCCUGGUUGUCUACAAAUUUUAUGUUCAGAGAUGCAAGUGCUGUUUCAAACACUCUACACUUCAAUCUUAGACUAGAGGCAUUCACCCACCUGUAAGUCACGCUGCAUCUGAAAUUACAUGUUCGGGUCAGGUACGCAAGGACAGAAACUCGGUGAUAGCCUGGCUCAGAAGGUGGCUUUAUACCAGUCUACUAGAGUGUGAUAUCUGUGGAAACAUGGCGCUCGGCACAUCGUCAAGUCGCACUCCUCACAAGCAUACUCAGUCUGGUGGCACUCGAUGCUGCAGUUGGAACACACAGUACAGUCUGGUCUGGACUUGGGGCCAGCUGCUGUCACUUCGGUGAUGUACUUCAAGAAAUGCCGUUCAGUCAGACAUGACGGCUGGUCGAGGGAUCUCCCCCCAGGUCUUCUGUCUGGCCAAAUAUGCCCCUCAUGGAGGAAAUUGCAUAACGGAAUUUCUCUGGCUUUUGUCAUGUAGCUGGUUGAAGUGUUUUUCAUAUAAUUCAGCUGUUCACGCAGCAAACUUCAAGUAGGCAGAGGAAUACUUUCUUCCCCCACUUGAGAGUUUUGUAGAUAUUCAAGUAAUACCACAUGCCUUGAUCGGCUCAGUCUACUUCACCCAUGAAGUACGUGUAGCAUUCCAUGGCAACUGGUGUGUCCACUCUUCAAGGUUCCCGUUGCUCACGGGCACAAACAUCCUCAAAUGUUGAAUGGUUGAGAACCAAGGUGACAAUGUCGACUUGCUGUUUUGUCAAACCAUGGCAAAAACAACAGAUCACCAUCCCUAACCGCACGAAGGGGAUCUCCUUUCUUCAUUUUUUGUCUCCUUGAUCCCAUGGGGGGUGCCAACCCGGUUCACACACAAUGUGCCACACGCUCCAAAUUCCAUUGUCCUUGAGUGAACAAAACAAGUCAGGGGAUGAGAACAGGUUAUCCAUAUAUGUAAGUAUGGUGACCUUUUCCAUUCCAGGACUGAAAUAAACAUAAGACUACAUUCUUGAAGUCAUUCAUUCAGCAUCCUACACAUGACUCUCCUUUUGACCUUGUGGCAUGUGAGAAACAAAGCCAUUACAUUAUUCAUGUUUCUUUCCAUCUUGGGGGAUAAACUGAAUGCAGCAAAAACUUUUAACAAACUAUUACACCCAUGGCUUAUUUCACAGAAAACAUGUACAUGUACCUCUGUUGUCUUUACCCAUUUUAAGUCUGUAAUCAAAGGUUCCAAUAUGUCAUAACAUGUAUAAACUUCUGCACACGUUUGUAUUUGAGAGUGCACGAUUUUUUUUUCAAAGUUGAUCUGUACUUGGACUCCACAUUUUUAAGCGCACAAUAAAAAUGCUGCCAUCUUCUGCUGCGGCCCUUCUUUGCCUCCCAAGGGAUUUACAACCUCAAACUCAUCAACAUAUACAUCAUAAACCCUCAUGGCAUUGGGAUGAUGUUGAAAGAACUGACUGGCAAAGGUGGCACCACAUAGGUACCGGUAGCCCUCUAACAGAUCUGGGUCUGUUCUACUAGUGGUUAAUUUAUGCUGGUCCAGACAUUCUGACAAAGAUAUUUCUUUCAACACUUUGAGAAUAGGUACAUACAUGUACUGAUAAGUAUAUUUGACUUUCUUUCCAUUUACAGUUUCUUCCUCCAGCACAUACUCUUGAGGCUCAGUGCAAUCCAUCACAGACAUACCCCCUAUUCCAUACAUACAGUGUUUAAUGCAACAGAAAAUGAACUGCAGAGCAAGACCAUGUUACGCGUUCCACGGUGGUAAAGGUGUGCACACUGUGUGUGGGAGGCCAAUGCACAGCGUGCACGUACUUCUCUUCGCAGUGACUUGACACGUGCAGGCUGCGCUUUGGGUCGCCAUUCCACAGCAUGUAUGCCUUUACCGCUGUGGAAAAACAUUUUACGACAUAGUGUGGUCUCUUUCUGCGAUUCAAAAUUCUGUGGUAUUAUAGACCAGGAAAUAGGGUACUGGGUACAUGUACGUGACAUGGAGAAACUGGUAUCAUGUGAUGCCAAGCGUAAAGCUAUGAUCAGUGUAACUGGAAACCUUUGCGAAAUCAAUGCAGUAUUGAUUAUUUCACUGGAAAUGACUCAAACUAAAGUAAAGAAGUACUCGAAACUUAAGGCUUUGGAUACAACUUUUUUACUGGUAAUUACAGCAUUUUACACGUUAACGAAAAUAUGUGGAAGGAAAUAGGCAGUUUUACAAUGUAGUUCAAAAAGCUGGAAAAUUUGUGGUGGUCGGAAAAAGAAAAAAUUCCACCAGUUGUGGUUGGGGAAUCUCGAGUGCUGGGCGGGUUUACCGGCACCGACAACUGUGAACGGAACCCUGGUCCAUUGACACAGAACCAAUACAUGUGUACUUCAAUUUUUGGCUAUCACUUCAUGGAUGCAUUGCACAGGAUCAACACAUACAGUGUACACGGUACAUGAACUGGGUAGCCCAGUAGCUGCUCAUGCUUAUAAUGUGCAUUCCCAUCCAUCUGAAAGUCAAUAACAACCUCUCCGAUUCCGUUGCUUUUUCGUCAGUUACAGGGACGUAUCCAGAAUUACCCCUUGGUAGGCAUAUUAUUGAUCUCAUGAAUAUUUUGCACUUUUCUGUGAAUGAAGAGCUGAAGAGAGAGUACUUACAUGACAUAUAGCAAUAGAGUAUUUUUUAAUUUAUGUGGAAAUCUUUAGAGCAUGAAAAUAGGGACAAAAAUAAAUAAAGUGGACAUAACUACCA